GUCCUGGUUCAGUCCUGGUUCAGUCCUGGUUCAGUCCUGGUUCAGUCCUGGUUCUUGGACAUGUUGGUCAGGGUGCUGCUCCGGUCCGUCUGGAGUUGGGGGGUCCUGUGUGCAGGGGUCCUGUGUGCUGGGGUCCUGUGUGCAGGGGUCCUGUGUGCUGGGGUCCUGUGUGCUGGGGUCCUGUCAGAAAACAACAACUCAGCAGAGCCGCUCAGGUUGGUGGGAGGAGCCAGUCGUUGUUCUGGGACUGUGGAGGUGAGAGUCAGAGGAGAGUGGAGACGGAUGGGGCCCUCCGGAGUCGGGGACCAGCAGGUGGCAGCUGCAGUGUGCAGAGACCUGGACUGUGGCUCUGCUGUUUUAUGGAGAACACAGAGAUGGUUUUCCACGGAGUCCUGUGUGGGAGGUCACACUUGACUGUGUGAAGACGUUCUCCAGUGACAGAAUGUGUUUAUGGUCCACGCCCCUCCUGCUCAGAGGGGGUGGGGGUGGUGU